AUGAACGCGCCGAACAUCACAGUAUCAGUGGACGAGCCGCAAUGGAAUUCCAAGCCUGCUUGGAAACUCCCGGGAUGGGCAGAGCCAAUUAUUGUCGCGAGCAUACUCUUCGGAGCUAUGUACAUGACCCGACGAAGAAACUACAGGAUCUUCGGCGCAUCCCCAUCGAACGACGGGUACCUCGACCGGCUAGACUCCCAGGGGUCCUCAGAUGCCCUCCUCGCACACAGUUCGGACAGUGAUUGCGAAUAUGAAGUCGUCUCCACGAGCAAGCACCCACCGAAACUUCGGAAAUGGCUCUGUUGCGUUCUCGCCACGCCGAAUACCUCGCGCUUCCGAAACAAUAUCCACAGCCGCGUCCUCCAGCGAUUUCCCUUCCUGAUCGAAAUGUUCUACUGGAUAAUAAAUUACGCAUUCUACCGCAUGACCUCCAUCACAUCUCAGAAGAUCUUUGCAGAGACGGGCAUUUGGAACGUGGCACAAUCUCAUGGCAUCGCGGUGCUGGAGGCGGAGGAAUACAGUUGGCUGAGCUUUCUGUUUACGCUUCGUGAGAGGGAGAUCCAACAGUGGUUUAUGCAUGGCCACCAGGACGCUCUCACAGUCUUGAACAAGGCAUACGCGCUUAUCCACAUCCCGGGGACUGUAGGCUUCAUCUGCUGGUACUACUACGUCGCUCCUUCCUUCGAUACUUUCGCCGUCGCCCGCCGAACCAUGACUCUGACCAAUUUUUGCGCCUUCAUAACCUUCAUCUUUUAUCCUUGCAUGCCCCCGCGGCUGCUGCCUGCGGAGUAUGGCUUUUUGGACACGGUGCGACAUGACGAUGCUCAGAGCGUGUGGAUGAGCGGAAAAUACGUGAACACGCUCGCAGCAAUGCCUUCGAUGCACUUCGGAUACGCCUUCUGCAUCGGCAUGACCUUGAUAUACCACUCCGGACUCUUCCGCCGCACGCUGGAGAGGGGCGAGUCGCGCAAGAAUACGUUUUGGAAGAUGUUUUACCUCGCGGUUGGCAUUGGAUACCCAGCUUUCAUUUUGACGACGAUUGUCGCGACGGCGAAUCAUUACUUCAUGGAUGCGUUGGUCGCGACGUGCUUCGUGUUCUUCUCUUUCCUCUGCAACAAGAUCUUUUACGUCUUUAUUCCGCUGGAGGACUUGAUGCUCUAUGCGAUUCGAGCUGACAAGCCUAUUCCAACGACGGGCGACCGGUUCCACGAGCGCGGCGGUAGGAUAUAG